AUGGCGGCGUUUGCGGAGAAGCAGAGGCAGCAGAAGCAGAAGCAGCUCAUACCGGCAUUGGCCCAUUUGAACUUUACAUGGUUGGGGAAGUGUACUACUUGCAACUUGCAAGAGAAUAAAGAGGAUGCGAAGACAUGUCAUUAUUCGCGCCAAUUGUGCUGCAUAAAGGUUACUCAACUUCGUUUUCAAGAAAUGGAUUACAAGCUAGCAUAUCUUUCUCGAUCACACAGGCCAAAAGAAACACUCCAUGGAGGAGCAAUAAAAGAAAAAACAUCUCUAUAUCCUUCCAAAAAGAGAUUAAAAUGUAUCAACGCAACAUGA